CUCACAAUCUAUAAUAAUAUCCACUUGCAAAACACACACACUUCAGAAUUUCAAACCAAACAAAUUAAAAACCAUCACAACACAAGAAGCUUAUCCACAACAAGUACUGAAAACCAAGACUGCAUUUUCCACAGAAACUACACAAAAAAUAGCAACAUGGCCCUUGAGAAUUGUUUAAGAGUAUCCACACCAAGACCUCAUUGUCUUCCUCCAUUGUUUUCAACUUCAAGGGAAAAGCUUGUUUUCUCAGCUCAAAAACUAGGAUUCAAGAAAUCUGUGCUCAACUCAACACUAUCACUUCCAUCUGGUGUUGCCAACAGAAAAUCACGAUUUAUUUGCAAUGCUCGUGAAGCUGUAAAUGAAGCUCAAGUAGUGGGUGACUCAAACUGGGAUGAGCUUGUCCUUGGAAGUAAAAUCCCUGUGCUGGUAGAUUUUUGGGCACCAUGGUGUGGUCCAUGCAGGAUUAUAGCACCUAUUAUUGAUGAGUUAGCCAAAGAUUAUGCUGGAAAAAUUGCAUGCUACAAGCUCAACACAGAUGAAUCUCCAAACACAGCAACAAAGUAUGGCAUCAGAAGCAUUCCAACUGUUCUAUUCUUCAAGAAUGGAGAUAAACUAGAAAGUGUGAUUGGUGCAGUUGACAAGUCUACUCUUAUAUCAAAAGUGGAAAAAUAUAUUGCAUGAAAUGAGUAAAAAAAUGAUACAUAAUGACAUGCAUUAUAAUACCAAAAAUGGAUGAACUGGGAUGGAAGAAAUGACAAUAGUGACAUUCUUGAUUUUCAUUUUAUCCCAUUCUUUUCCAUGCCUUACAAGGCAAAAGGUAGUUUGUAUCUUUAUCAUCACUAUGUAAUGAUCCUCUUUCAAUUUAUGGAUUCAACACAUUGAAUAA